AUGUCAGAAAUUUGUCGUAAGGAUUCAUUAGCUCGCAACCUCGACACAAUGGCUACUAGUUUUCGAGACGAUUAUAACUUUUAUCCUAUGACAUGGUAUUUACCAUCAGAUUAUAUAAAAUUUCAAAAUUAUAUGAGUCAACAUAAAAGUUCAACAUAUAUUUUAAAACCAACAACAGGAAGUCGAGGAACCGGGAUAUAUAUAACAAAAUCUCCCAAAAAAAUUAAUCAAUAUAAAAAUAUGAUUUGUCAGCUUUAUAUUUCCAAACCAUUGUUAUUAGAUGGCUAUAAAUUUGACAUGCGUGUGUAUACCUUGAUAGCAUCAUGUGAUCCACUUAAGAUAUACGUUUAUAAUGAUGGUCUUGUCAGAUUAGCAACGGAACCUUAUGAAACGCCUACGCACAACAAUGUAAACGAUCGGUAUAUGCACCUAACUAAUUACUCAGUGAACAAAUGCAAUAAAAUGUACAUCGAUAACGAAAUUUUUGGAAGUAAACGCCGAAUUACAACGCUCAAUAAUUGGCUACACGCAGAAGGCUACGAUGAGAAAAAAAUAUGGAAUGAAAUUGAUGAUGUCAUUAUUAAAACCAUAAUCCUGGCCUAUCCGUUUGUCAACCGCAGCUAUCAGACAUGUUUCUCCAGUCAUAAAUACAUGCCGGCAUGUUUUGAAAUCCUGGGAUUCGACAUACUUUUAGAUGAAAACUGCAAGCCAUAUCUCUUGGAAGUCAGAUAUUGUUACAUCAUUGAUCCAUGCGAUGGAUUAAUUUUUCAUUUUUAA